AUGCGCAGCUCCCUCAUCAUCCUUGGCUUGCUCGCCUUCACGGGUUUCGUCGUCGCUCAAGGCAGCAACGAGUAUGUCCACUAUCCCAGCACUCUGACUUUAUCGCCCCUUUGGUCUGUAUCGAUAAGGCUUAUCCCAAUGGCCCCUUCGCAGUCACCCCACCCAAGACCGCUCGUUGAAGCGCCGUAAAAUCGUCAAGCGCGAAAAGGCCACCUGUGGGUAAGUCCAUAGUCAUCUGACCUUUACCCCAGAGCAAGCCCACUUAAUCUCACGCUUUGUAAACCUUCAAUAGUGAAUGCAAGCAUUACUGCUCCUACGUAGUCGCCUACGGCGGCCCGAACCCUUUCUACCGCGAGUGAGUCCUACCAGGUCCGACACCCCGAUCAACUUGGCCACCGCUUCCUCCAUCUCUAAAAAGCCACGAAAGAUGAUGACUAAACCCCGCCUAAAUACCCCUUUCCGGAAGUUAUAUGGAUUGCUACAACCGUUUGUGCCUCAAAUCACCUGAUUACGAUUGCCACCCUCCUCCCAAGUGA